AUGGACGGACAGUACACUCCCGGCGGUCAGCAGCCGCCUCUAACCCUCUCCCAGCCGCCGACUCCCGGAGCAGAGUGCCUCGUCAGCUCCACCCUCAGCCCCCUGGCCUCCCCGUUCAGCCCGAGGAGCGACGACGGCUCCUUGGAUCUCUCCUCCCACCUCGACUCCCAACCCAUCGAUCUGGGCGAGGUGAACAUAAAGGGACUCACCGAAGAACAGCUCGUCAGCUUCUCGGCCAGAGACCUCAACCGAAUCUGCCGGGAUCUCCCGGACGACGUGAUCAAGCAGCUGAAAAAGCGACGGAGGACGCUCAAGAACCGCGGCUACGCGUACAACUCGAGGGUCCGCCGAGUCUCGCAGAAGAACACGCUUGAGAAGGAGCGGGACGAGCUUAAGCUACAAGUGGCGCAGCUAAACGAUCGGGUGAGGUCGCUGGGGGAGGAGAGGAACCAGUGGAAGCGCCGAGCUCAAGCCCUGGAGAGAGGCGAAGAGGUGUGGUCGCCUGAAAACUCCUGA